AGGAUAGUGAGUGGGUUGAGAAAGGGGAACAAGUGGCUUUGCCUAAUCCUCCAGCAAUCUUGUUCGUCGGUAAUGACCGUACCCAGCUCAGAUCGAGCGGUGGCUACAUAUUCAUCGCUUCGGACAGCUGUUCUCAAUCUUACACCAGGAAAUUUGAAAUGUCGACUAUACUGUGAUGGUCCGGCAUGCAAAUUCUGUAAAUUAUACAAUGGAUCAUCCGUAAUUCCUGGUCUUUACUCUUCUUGGAUUACCGACGAUAUACUUGCAAUGGCUAGACCACAAUUAUUCCAUUUCGAGAAUGAUAAUAUUAUUCAGUAUUUCAAGAAAAGCAAUAUUGUUGCCGUUUUUAAUCUACAAGAACCCCAAGAGCAUGCAUUCUGUGGCGCAGGAAAUGUCAUAAGCGGCUUUAGCUAUUAUCCUGAGCGAUUCAUGGAAAAUAAUAUAUUCCACUAUAAUUUCCCUCUACCCGAUUUUGAAGCUUGUCUUGUUGAGCGGAUGGCAGACAUUGUGACUGUCAUGGUGCAUGAAUUGAAGAAAGGAAGAAUCGCCGUGCAUUGUCAUGCUGGUCAUGGAAGAACUGGAAUGGUGAUUGCAGCCUGUCUAAUGCGAACGCGAGGUUUGACACCUCGCAAAGCUGUCGAGCUUGUUCGAAGCAAACGUCCGAGUUCAGUACAAAGUGGCGAUCAAGUGCAAGCACUGCAUGCUCUGCAUAUUUUCUUCUCCAAUGGAGCUCCUAUACUACCAGCACAGCCGUAUCGAUCUACAUCUCUUUAUGUGGAAUAUACUAGCCGUAUCUUGCCUAAGAUGGAUGUGCGGAAAUAUGGGAAUGUGCCAAAGCCAAUCUACGUAACCGUAGUCGCUUUGCUUCGCAUAUUCUUCUCAUCAGUGGUGCUUAGGCUACAAACAACAAGUAACCCUUUUUCAUGUUUCCGGUUCGAAUGUGGAGAGCCGACAUCGUUUAGGAUAACAGAAGAAAUGUUGAAUCUGAUGAGUGUUGGUGUCACGGCUCGUGGCCAGUCCUGGUAUUCACAACGAGUUCGUCAAGGAAUGAACAUCUUAAAUCUUGAACGUUUUGUAGAAACAGAGCACAGUGUGGUCGAGCUGGUCUCGUUUAUGGAUUACUUCAUCCGUUCCGCUUUUUUUCAGCUCACGUCUCCGGAAAGACUUGCGGCAUUUCUUAGAAACGGGAACGAUUCAAAUGUAGAGGACUGGUCCUGGAGCUUUUAUGUGCUUCUCUCCGCCAUUAGCCUACUUCCACAGCAAGCACAUGAGAGGAUGUCUAAGUUAGUAGCUCAAUGGUUUGCACGAUGCGACGGUGACUCUUGGAAAGCGAUAUACUCUUGGAUUGAAGAAAACAACAAUAAUCAUGAAAUUUCCAGUUAG